AGCGGUUGCACAGCCGCGGCGGAUCCCGGAGCGGCGUGUGCUGCGGAGGGGUAGUGGGCAGCGGGCGGGGGUGUGGUGGCUGUCACCCGGCUGAUCUUAGAAUUUCAAGACAUGUAUUUCCUUGGACUGUUGUCUUUGCUUGCUUUCCAAAGCAAAGCCUUCAAGAUAAAUUUUCCCGAUGAAACCAUUGCUGAGCUUUCUGUGAAUGUUUACAAUCAGCUACGAGCUGCAAGAGAAGAUGAGAAUAUUCUUUUCUCUCCUCUGAGCAUCGCAAUAGCCAUUGGAAUGGUAGAGCUUGGAGCCCAUGGAACCACUCUGAAAGAAAUUCGGCAUUCGUUGGGUUUUGACAGCUUAAAAAAUGGUGAAGAGUUUACCUUCUUAAAGGACCUUUCUGAUAUGGCAACUGCUGAAGAAAGUCAUUACGUUCUGAAUAUUGCUAAUUCUCUCUAUGUGCAAAAUGGAUUUCAUAUCAGUGACAAAUUUCUGCAGCUGGUGAAAAAAUACUUUAGAGCUGAAGUAGAGAAUGUAGAUUUCAGCCAAAGUGCAGCUGUAGCUACCCAAAUCAAUAGAUGGGUGGAGAAUCAUACAAAUAAUAUGAUCAAGGAUUUUGUGUCUUCAGGAGAUUUUGGUUCUCCAACUCAUUUGGCUCUCAUCAAUGCAAUCUACUUUAAAGGCAAUUGGAAAUCACAGUUCAGACCUGAAAAUACAAGAACUUUUUCUUUCACUAAAGACGAUGAAAGUGAAGUGCAGAUUCCAAUGAUGUACCAGCAGGGAGAGUUUUACUAUGGAGAGUUCAGUGAUGGAUCCAACGAAGCAGGCGGUAUCUAUCAAGUUCUGGAAAUACCGUAUGAGGGAGAUGAGAUUAGUAUGAUGAUCAUUCUUUCCAGACAGGAAGUUCCACUGGUCUCAUUGGAACCACUGGUUAAAGCCUCAUUGAUUAAUGAAUGGGCUAAUUCUGUAAAGAAGCAAAAAGUGGAAGUAUAUUUACCAAGGUUCACAGUAGAACAGGAAAUUGAUCUGAAAGAUGUCUGGAGAGGUCUCGGAAUUACAGAGCUGUUCAGCAGUAGUGCUGACCUCACUGCAAUGUCUGAUAACAAGGAACUUUACCUUGCAAAGGCAUUUCACAAGGCAUUUCUAGAAGUUAAUGAGGAGGGAUCAGAAGCUGCUGUUGCCUCAGGAAUGAUUGCCAUUAGCAGAAUGGCAGUGCUGUAUCCCCAAGUUAUAGUUGACCAUCCCUUUUUCUUUUUGGUCAGAAACAGGAGAACAGGUACUGUGUUAUUCAUGGGAAGGGUAAUGCACCCUGAAGCAAUGAGUGCAAGUGGCCAUGACUUUGAAAAGCUUUAACCGCCACCAGCUACCAAAAGAGGAGAUAAGCACAUAAAGUUUGAAGUUAAUAUAUUUAAGGUUUUCUGUGUUUUCCCCCAAGAUAUUGUUUAAAAUGCUUUCAGAUCUAACUGUGCAAGUCAAUUUCCAGAGGAAAGCUUACAGUAUUACAGUAAUGCCUUUGUUUCUGUCAUUGUGGUUGUCAUGUCCUUAAAAUAAAAUUGUGUACAUGUCAACAACUGUUUCUUGUUCUAGAGAAUUGUAAAGCAAAAAAAAAAAAUGCAAAUCCAUUAUUGGUAGUUUUUUUACAGUCCAAAGACUGACUUGCUCAAUGAGACAGGAGUGGAAUGUGUGCAGCUUUGAAUAAUGCAAAGGGCAAACCUUGAUGAUAAUUUAUAGUGUUGAAGAACUACAUCUGGAAAAUGUAAUCUCUUCCUGUAAAAAUAGUAAACAGACUGCAAUACACUGUCUCAUCAAAGUUAAUGGAACAACUUAAGCCUAGCCAAUUUUAUUCUAUAACAUAACCUGUGGUAGACUUUGUGUGAACUCUCUCACAUGUGAUUCUGAAAUGUUGCUUUUAUGAAUGCUCCUGCAUGUUACUCUGCAGUUGACCUUCCGUAACUGUUGAUGCCAAUAAAAUUUGAUUGCAUGAAUAUUUGAGACUAGUCAGUAUAGAAUAGCUAUGUAUGUGACUGAAGUAAAUUAGUUGAAUAGUAAUGUCAUUCAUGUGAAUGUAGUUUUCUCCCCAGAAGUUGUUCUACUCUAACCUAAGCUUUGCAGUAUGUCACUUCAGAGAUCUAGAAUGAGCUUUCUUUAAAGUAAAACAAAAAAAAAAAACGUAAUUUUUAAGUGUCUAAAAAUGUUCUAUUCAUAAAUAAAUUCUAAAGGAACAACAUCAUCCUUCUGUUCCCUAACUUUUUAUUGCAAAUAAAGUGACAGAGAGGAGAGUGACACAUACCACAAGUAAGAAAUGCUAGCAGGGGAAUUAGUUGUUGUUUCCAUUUACAAGAGGAGAAGUACCAGUUGUCACGGGAAAGGCAUAUAAUUAUUCCUCCCUCACUGUGCAAAUAUAAAGUGAACAGAAGUUAUUAAAAAGGUAAGAGAGAAUAGAAGAAAAGAAGGGAGGAACUGCUUUGUAACAUCAUAAAUAUGAACUUUUGGAUAAUAAGUGGGUUUCUUCUCAGUCAGUAGGAGUUUUCUCUUUUGAAUUCUAUGGGAACAAAUGUUUAUUGGCUGAACUUUAGUUGCAGGCUUCUCUGGCAUAUAUCCACUUCAGAACAGCAUAGAUACUGCUACCAAAGUUAUUCAUGCAAGGAGAACUUCCAAACUCUGACACAAUAUUUUUUUUUUGUUUUAUAAUGCUGGUGAAACUCAUGCAGGUCAAACUGCAAAGUGGUGGAUGUUCUCCGUGGAGGCUGAUUACACUCCCUCAGAAAGGACAUUUGAACACAUUUCUAGCCCUGCCUCUUUGGAUUGUUUAGUUCUGUUGCACAGAAGAAAAAAUGAAGCUCCUUAGUGUAUUGGUGCUGCUUACUACCCCUUGUGUAUUAUAGUCUGGACUUGGUGAGGCAGUUUUUGUAUUCAGAUUUAGACAAAAGAAGUGUAAUUUUUAUUCUGUAUAGCUAGAGAUGUCAUGCUUGGGAGGGAAAACAAGAGAGUGCUUCUACAAAGGAGCAGGGAGUAGUUUUAUCAACUUGUAGAACUAAUCUCCCUGAAGGUAAAACCAACUCCCUUGGUUCUUUAUCUUUAAAUUACUCUCUUAACAUCAUCUAACAUGUGUGAAAGUAACCCAUGUGCUAAGGAUCUCAUGUGAUUUUAACCUUAUGGGAGCCUUAUUUUUAAGCUAUUACAUUUUUUAGGCUAGUUUUUGAGAUUUUUACUCGGAUUUGGAAAGAAAUAAGAAAGCAGAUGACAACCCUCACUCAUGUUAUUUUCAGUUCAUAUAAAGUUCUUCAUGACCAAUUUUGUGAUUUCUUUGCAUUAGUUCCUUUCGACAUAGAUGUUUCUCACCAAGGGAAAGACUGAAGAUAGAUUGGAACUAAAGCUAUGGAAUUAUGGGAGUACAGCUGCCAGUCAGAUUUAUAGAGGAUAUUAGACAAGUGUACAGUUUUCCCUAGCAGUUAGGCUGAGUAUAGGUAUAAGUGGAGUGAUGCAAAAUCGUAUAUUCCAAAUCUGAUUUUGAGAAUUGACUAAAUAGAAGCAUAGGAAAACCAGCAGAAACAGAAAUACAAGCACUAGUUAUUUUGCUUCAUACUCCUAGUCUUUACAGAUGCAAAAUAGCCAUUUCAUGUUUUCUUGAAAAUUGAGAAUUACCUGGUUUUCAACAACAUGAAUUGAUUUAUUAGCAAAUUAUGUGAAGAUGUUGUAGACUGCAACUAGAACAACUCGCAAUACUGGUUUUAGUACUGAUAGUAUCUUAAGUAUUGUUACCAGCUUAUUGAGGUACAUGAAUACUAUUCCAUUGUGGGUUUUCAUCUGGAUUUUGUAUAAUGUUCCUUUCAAAGACACUAUUGCUUUUCAAGACAAAAACCAGCAAAAUAAUUUUGUCUUUUUGUGUUUGAUAUUUUGUAAGGGGAAUUUGUCAAUAGUAGCUCUUAGCUGUGUAGUCUUACAAAAAAAAAAUUUAAGAAUUGUAUUUUGUGUUGGAAGAUAUAUCAGAAAAUAAAUUACUGAAACUUCUA